AAAUCAAAAAUAGACAAAAAUGGCCAAUUAUACCCUGGACCCCAAUAACACACCCAACUGGAUAAACAAAACUCUAUAAUUCCAAAUUGAAACAUAUUUUUGGUCCACAUUUAAAUUCAUUAAGCUGUUUAUUACCAACAACCCUAUGAGGUAAAACGCAAAUCGCAGUGAUGAAUCAGGCCUCAGUUUGCAUGUUAUCUGACUGUAAAACGAGGACUCUCAGUGGAUUAAUAUAUUUAAACCUGAUUAUUUGUCCACAGAAAUCAUGUUGUUCACCCCCCAACCCUAUAAGUCAUUAUCAGCAAGCCCUUGGUUCCGUCUCCGGCAACAUAAAACCCACUGCAAGAAACCUAGGUGUACUUUGACUCAGAGCUGACAUUCAUCCCUCAUGUCAAUAAACUGGUCCAGUCCUGCUUCUAUCAGCUACACUCUGUCUGUAGAAUAAAACACAUGCUCACAGCCCCGAUCUGGAGAAACUCAUUCACGCAUUCAUCUUCUCCAGACUAGAUUACUGCAACUUCCUCCUCUCUGGCAUUAAAUAAAAAUCUCUCUCUCACGUCCAACUGGUUCAGAAUUCAGCAGCUCGGCUUCCAACUGGUUUUAACAGACGUCAACACAUCACUCCAACAUUAGCUUCCCUCCAUUGGCUCUCUGUCUGUAUUAGAACUGAUCUUUAGAUUUUACUGAUCACUUUUAAAUCACGCUCAGGUCUGGCCCUGAGAUAUAUUACAGAUAUUUUAAUUCCUUAUGAAGCAGCUCGCAGCCUUAGAUCCUCAGGCGGGCCGUCCCAACUGUUCCAAAGUUGAGACUAAAAACUAAAGGGGACCUUGCCUUCGCUAUAAAGGCCUCUCGACUGUGGAACGCCCUGCCUGAGGAGAUAGAGCUUUCGAGAUCGGUAAAUUCUUUUAAAUCACUUCUUAAAACAUACUUUUAUAGACUUGCCUUUAUGUGAUGUGGUCCUUGUAUGUUUAUUUGUACUCCAACUGUCUUAGUUGUGUUCUACUUAUUUUAUUUAUUUAUUAUCUCACCUACUUUACUAAUUUGUAUCAUUACCUGUUAUUUCAACCAUUUCAUGCAAUCUAUUUUUUCGUCUUUUGUAAUUGUAAAUUGUAUUCUUACUUCUGUUAAGAGCAAAACAACAGAUGAACACACUGACCUGAAUAAUAGACAUAAUGUUGUGUCCAACUUCAUUAAACAGUGUUAAUGGACCUGAAAGAUGCAGCCACACUUUUAGCUCUCGCUGUUGACAGUUUCUCUCAUGAGGGGUUAUCCAGACAUCUCCGUCACAAACUAUCCAUCGUGGUCAGCCUUCGGGGAGGGCGAGGAAGAGGAGGGCAGUGUGCUGGUGGUAUUUGAGGCUCCACGUACUCUGGCGGCAUCAAGUUUAAUUGUCAGGCUGAACGCCAUCAGACCGACAUGCCAUGCUGGCCUUUCCAUCCACACAGAUGGAGUCUUGCCUCUGUUGCAAUCUCUACCUCUGUAUCUUUCAUACAGACAAGGCUACUGACUCACUCCCACAUUCCUCCAGCAUUUCCUCCUGUUUGUUUUUAAUUUGACAUCAAGACAUUGGGUACAUGGGGGUGCAUGACAUGAUCCACAGGAGUCAGACAUACAGUGAAUAUUAUCACCUAGUCCAGGAAGAAGAAAUCGAGCGAGGGUAUCGUCAACAGGAGUGUUUACUUGGAUGCAGGCUCUUUGUUCACAUGUGACCUGUAAGAGUUUCCAGUUGUUGUGGUGACGUUUCCAUCAACAAUAAAGCGGCUCUUGACUUCCUCGGAUGGUCGGGAGAUGAAGUUGUUCAUGUUGGUUCUUGUAUCUCGGCUGCUUUGUUCACCUUCCACAUGUUGGUGUGAAGAAAGUCGGCAGUUGAUCUGAAUGUGAAUGUUUGUCCGUCAGACUCAGAGUUUCUGUACAGGGACGCACCUUCUCCUCGUGAAGUUAGUUUGUUUUUUUAACUUUUCUUUUCAUGUUAUUGGUCUUUUGGGAUUCAUUAAUUCUCUUUCACUGACAAAUGUGUUUUCUUUUCUAGCACACAUUACAGGUCUGAUCUCAGAGCAGCUUCUCAGAGCAGCUGUUGGAGGAUCCGUCCUGAUCCCCUGCUCUCUCCCAGGAUAUCCACUCAGUCUCAACUGGUUUUACUGGCAGGAGGGCGACAAUCCUGUUUUUCGAUGGGAGAAUGGGAAAGAAAUGAAAAUAGAAGACAACAAAUACGAGGGCAGGUUCCAAGUCUUCACUCAUGAGUUUAGUGCUGGAAAUAUUUCCAUCAGACUUGAAAACAUUUCUCUCGAAGAUGAUCAGAAAACAUUCUUUUCCUACGUCAAAUUCUACGAUGAAGAGAAAAAAGUCUUAAAACAAUCUGAAGAACGUUGCAGAUCCAAGCUGCAGGUUUCAGGUCUGAUCUCAGAGCAGCUUCUCAGUGCAGCUGUUGGAGGAUCCGUCCUGAUCCCCUGCUCUCUCCCUGGUAAUCCACUGUCGUUUUACUGGCAGGAGGACCAGUCUUCUGACCAACUGUGUCACUGGGACAAUGGGAAAACAUUGCCAGCAUGUGACAAAUACAAGGGCAGGUUCCAAGUCUUCAAUUCUGAGUUUAGUUCUGGAAAUAUUUCCAUCAGACUUGACAACAUUUCUCCUGAAGAUGAUCAGAAAACGUUCGUUGCCUUCGUUAAAUUCGAUAAGCAGAUGCCACCUGAAGAACGGUGCAGAUCCAGGCUGCAGGUUUCAGCUCCCUACCAGGAUCUGGUCCUGAUGGUGAAGGAUACAACCAACAGUGCAACCUGCUCAGCACGAGGAGGAUAUCCUGCAGCUCAGGUAUCAUGGAAGGGUCUGAACAGAUCCAGCGAUGAAGAGCUGGACCUGCAGGAUGCUGAGACGUUCCUGCAGCUGGAUCCAACAGAAAAAACCUUCUCCUUCACAAGCUCUGUCAACGUUAGAGGGUUAAAGUCUGUAACCUGCAUCAUCUACAACCCUCACUCCAACAAGACCAUCACCAGAACUGAAAAGAUCGACACUGGUGAAAAUGAUAAGUUUAAUGUGGCUGCAACAGUUGUUGUCCUCAUCAUCCCUGUCAUCCUCAUCAUCCUUGCUGGUGUCUAUUGGUACAGAGGGCAACGUGCAGUUCAAGACCCACGGAACCCAGAACCAGACGUCCCUAAUCCCCAAGACCCAGUUCAAGAAGAAGCUCCAGCUCCAGAUCAAGCUCCAGCUCAAGAUCCAGAUCAACCCAACCAACCACCAGUCGACUCGAAUGCCAAAGAGCCAGCUCAGGAAGAGGCAGCUCCAGAUCAAGAUCAAGAUCAAGCUCGAGCUCAAGAUCCAGAUCAACCCAACCAAUCACCAGUCGAUCCUAAUAACCAAGACGGAGCUCAAGCUGAAGGUGAAGAUGCAAUCGUAGCGGAACCUGCCCAAGACCCAGUUCAGGAGGCUGAUGCACCUGAGGACACUGUUUUAAUAUCUGAGGAUCGAGCUGCUUUUCACCGUCGCACAAGGAUGAGUGAAGGUACUGCAGACCGCGACACCUGUGAGGACGCUGCUGCUUCUCCAGAGAAAGAAAAACUGUUGAAAAAAGAAAAUGGAACUGAAGACAGAGCCUCAGAUUGAGUCAGAAGUGUAUCUGACAACCUGGAUCAGAACUGAGUCGGGGAGGGAAGAACCUGAAGAACUACUGCACAUAAACUAAAAUAAUCACUUGAAGACUUGUUCAGACAAACUCAGGUCCACUAAACUGUGAGUCCAUUAGCUGUUAGUCAAACUCUGGUGCUGAAUAAACAACUGGACAAAGCAAACAGGACCGACAACAGUAUGUCGAGAUAGUUCUGUGUGUUUCUUCUCUGGUGUCACACAGAGCUGCCAGCUGGACCGUGGUUCUGGAGAAGAUGAGGAUAAAAAACACAUUUCUUUUUGGAAGUAUGGCAACUUUUUUUUUGAUGACAUAAAGAAUCUCCCGUCUCACAGGACUGAAUGAAGGUCCGUUUAUUUCCACACACAGACUCCACAUUAUAACCACAGUCAAGGCUCAACUUUGUUCACACUGAACCAAGCAGCACCAUCUGAAAGGUGCUCAACUGUGUCCAGUUUAAACAGCCUGUCGGCAAAGCAGAACCAAAAGUCUUGGAUGGUACACAUCAUGACGUUGACAUCCGUGUGUUUCCCCAGUGUCACCUGUUGAUCUAAACAUGUACCUGCUGACUGUUUACAAUCACAUGGAUGCUGUCCUGAUGUGUUCUGACUGAGAUCCAGACCCAACAAUCAUCCUGAAAUUUGGAAGUCGGGUAUAAAUGUGGUGAUGAGUUUGUAGGACAGACAGGAUGACAGACAGGAUGACAGACAGGAUGAUUGACAGCUUUUUCCCUCAUUUAAGUUGCCAAAGACAUUUCCAGUUAUCUCAGUACUGUUGUUUGGUCCUGUUACGUUGCUUUGUGUGUUGAAGUCUGGAACAUUUCUCUUUUAUUUGAUGAGUGAACAAACUAUUUAUCCGUCUGUCUGAACACCAUCAGACUGACACACUGCGAUCCACAGAGACGCCAAACUGUCCUCCCUCUCUGCAUCUGUUACUUUCAUACAGGUGGACAUGAUUCUCACCAGCCUGUGAAUGUGUCUGUGGUGUGACGAUUUGUGUUGUUGUCUCAUAUUUAUUCUUAUUUAAGCGCACAGUGAGUGUUUCUGUAUUGUCUGUGUGUCUGAAUGUUGGGGUUUGUGUUCAAAGUGUUGGGAUUUUUCAGAUAAUUAAACAAUGGUGCUUGCAAAAUUGUUUGAUUUACUGUGUUGUCUUGUCAAUUGAACUAAGUACAAAAAUG